AGAAGGAAGUGGGAAUGGAGUACACUAACCUGCGCACAUACUUUUCUUGCAGAGAGGAUGAUUUCCUAAACAAGAGGAAAAUAAAAGGAAGAUGAUGGAGGAAGAGAGAGAAAGUAUUGAAGGUGGUGGGUUUUACUGGACUGAGUCGGGUGACCGAGAUAACAAGCCUAAUCCAACUACAAUCUCACAGCCUUUCGCAAAAUUUCAUGUCGCCAAUAACAAAAAUAUGGAGAUCAUUAGGAUUCCGCUUCCCCCCUUUUAUCACUAUUAUCCCGCAGUUCUCUUCAUCUCUAACCCUAAUCCUUCUUCUUCUUUCUCAUUCAUUGCCCCCCUUCUCUCUCUACAUAUAUAUACACCUUUCCGCUCUCCGCCUCCUUCACAACCACCUCAAUAGUUUUCGCCCUUCUCUUCACCUCUCUCAAUUAUCCUUUGUAGUCAAGCCGAUACGAGACUCCUGACUUCUCCGAUUUCCAUUCCAAAGGGUAUCUGUUCUUGAAGUGGUUCAUUCAGCAUUUGCUUGUAUGACCUAUUGCAAGUGACCUUUCUUCAAUGGAAGUGUUUGGAAACCCUAGAUUAGAGACUUAUGGUGCCACCACGGUGAGAAAGAAGAGGAGCCUGAUUUCCAGAAGGCCUAGACUUGAUCAGUCACUUCCGUUCCUUGAAAGCCGUUCACCCUCAGAUGAUGCGAUCAGUGAUGGAAAUAGUAGCGAUGAUACCAUUGGGAGGAAGGAGAUCAAUCUUAAUCAAAAUGGUUUUGGUGAUCAUGCUAAACGUCACAGUGAAGGCGUACUUGCUCCUGCUAAUUGGAAAAGCUUAAGCAAGACUAAUCCAGGGCAGUCUGUUGGAAAUUUGGAUAUUGAUGGAAUUACUGACAGGGUUAAGAAGGUGAAACUAAAAGUUUGUGGUAUCUCAAGAACCAUUCAGUCGAAGUCCAUUGCAGAGGAUUUAACAGGUCAUGGCUCUUCUUCUGCAAGAUCCCGCCAGAAGUCGCUUUACCAGGAUGAUUCUAAUGGUCGCGGAGGGGACCAGUCAGACGAUCCUGUACGUAAGAGCAAGAGGGUGCCAAAGAGGCGUGUACUGGAUGGAGCAUUUGAGGAGGAAGAAGAAGAUGAUGAGAUAGGAUAUCUUGAAAAGCUCAAGAUUUCCAAGGCUGCUUUUGCAAAGAAGAGUUUGGAAGAAGACUCUUCUAGUAAGAAACUUCAUCCAAUUUCUAGGGUUUAUAAGAAUGGUAAAAAUGUUGAUGUAAAGAAGAAGGCAAGAUCUAACGACACAGAUUAUGAGGAUGAGAAAGAAGAAGAAGACGAUGAUCUGGCGAUCUCUGAUGGUAAGAAGGCGAGGAAACAAAAGAAGGAACAAACUGAGCUGAUAACUGAAAGUAAGAGGGAACCCGCCCUUACGACCCGCCAACGUGCCCUUUUAUCUUCGUCUGGCCCAACUAUAGAAUUCCCUAAUGGACUACCACCUGCCCCUUCGCGAAAGCAAAAGGAGAAACUUUCCGAAGUGGAGCAACAACUGAAGAAAGCUGAGGCUGCUAAAAAACGUAAAUUGCAAGUUGAAAAAGCAGCACGAGAGUCUGAGGCGGAGGCAAUUAAGAAAAUACUAGGUCAGGAUUCGAGUAGGAAGAAACGAGAAGAUAAAGUGAAGAAGCGUCAGGAAGAAUUGGCACAGGAAAAGGCUGCAAAUGCUUUGAAGCAUGCUUCGAGCACUGUUAGAUGGGUCAUCGGGCCGAAUGGGACAACAGUCACCUUCCCCGAGGAAAUGGGUCUGCCUAGUUUAUUUGAUCCGAAACCUAAAGGAUAUCCUCCUCCAAGAGAAACCUGUGCUGGACCAUCUUGCAGCAACCCUUAUAAGUAUCGACAUUCCAAAUCGAAGCUUCCUCUGUGCAGUCUGAAAUGCUACAAGGCAGUUGAUUCAAUAGAAACAAAAGUUGAAGAAGAUGAUGGAAAGGACAAACUUGCAGCAGAAACAGCAGAAGCCAAUCAGCCAGGGAUUUGAUUUGAACUGAAUUGAAUUGAUUUUUACAGAGAAGGGAAAUAGACUAAAGGGAGAAACUAUUAGCAUAUUUGAAAACUGUUGAUAAUAUAGAGAUAUUUGCAUAUUUUUAUUUUAGAUUUUAAACUUUUUUAUGAAAUUAUAUUAUUCUA